GUCGCUUCUUAAAUAUUUAGAGGUUACGAGAUGGCCUACGAGCAUUUUCAAAGGGUAUACCCUAUUUCACGAGGGUCGGAAUUAAUUAUCCGAUAACUGAGUGGCCCCAAAGUUCGGCCCAUCGUUUAGGUUGGAUGUAGUGGCACAUAUGCCAUAUGCCAUUCUGCUGCCCUGCUACAUCGUAACCAAUCUAGCCCUUACUCCGCCCAUCUUUCCGGUCCAUAACAUCAGCAAUUUGAAGUGAGACCAAGCCACUCCUUCUCCCUUCGUAUCAUGCUCUCCGGAAGUGAUUCCCGCCUUCUUCAGAUAUCGGUUCUCAUCUGGCCCUUGCAGUACUUGCUCGGGUCGUGGGACAGAGCGCUCCUUGUUGUAUGUGCCAUAUGCCUAUUACUGGAGUCGCAGAAAAGAAGCCGUGCUGAACGACUUGUGCAGGAUUUGAGGGAUGUGGAAAAGUUACAUCGAAUCAUUGUAGACGAGUGUCCAGUUUGGAUGGGCAUAUCCGCCAUCCUGGAAACUGUAAAAUGCGAGGCGUACCCUCAUAAACCGUCACCCGGGUGCGGAUGCCAUUUUGAUAUGAUGCACCUGCAUUUGAAUAAGCGGGGCAUGAAACACUAUGGAGCGACCCAUGAAAGUGAGAUAUUUCAAAAGUCUAUGGUGAAAGAUUAUAACCGAAGGCAGGAGGAUGUCGAUUUGGUUGCUUUGGCUUUCAAGAAAUCAAAGGACACCGGUCAGACUGUGGAAUUUGAAAUGCAUCUCGAGGUUCACCUUACCGCGGAUGGUAAUUGGACCAGCAAUGCGGAACCUGGAACAAGAUCGUCCAUACGGCAUAUUGUCUUCACAGCUAGUUAUGUCGGCCAUCAGGAUGGCACGGAGAGAUAUUUGUAUAUAUGUAGAGACAUUUCCGAAGAACGGGAAUACAUUGAUUCUCUCAAAGCAAGUGAAGCGCGAACAGGGUUAAUCUUGAGCACCACUGACGAUGGUAUCUAUGAAAUUUACUCAAACCAGAUCAUCAACCCCCUUUCGCUGCGUAUGUACGAGCAACUGGGAUAUACAAAGGAAGAAUUUUGCCGUCUUGUGGGGACAGUGCCCGAAUUCAUGAAGCUGUUGCAUCCAGACGAUGUGUCACUAGCAGAAGAAACCUUGCGAGAAGUUUUUGACGGUCGUUUAGAAAAGGUUAGACUAGAGAUGCGAGUGCAGUGCAAAAGUGGCGACUAUCGUUGGUUGUUAAGUCGGGGACGGGCGGUGAAGUUUGAUGAACAUGGUUUGCCCACGUCUCUGAUAGGAUCAAUGACAAAUAUACACGAACGCAAAACCGCUGAACUGACACUGGUAGAAAGGAACCGACAACUGGAUUCAGCUUUGCAGCAGGCGGCGGCGGCAGCACAGAGCAAGGCGGAGUUCCUCGCUAAUAUUUCGCACGAAAUUAGGACGCCGCUGAACGGCAUUAUUGGUCUCGGCAGCAUUCUCUGGGAGACUCCCCUUACGCAUGAUCAAAAAGACCUCCUAAAAUCGAUUCGCGAUUGCGCGGAUGGUCUCUUGCUCAUCGUCAAUGAUGUAUUAGACUUCUCCAAAAUCGAUGCCAAUAAGAUGGCCCUUGAAAAUCGCCCAUUCGAUUUACUGGGAUGCAUUGACAACGCCAUUUAUCUUUUGAAUUUGCGGGCGAGCGAGAAGGGAAUCGGAUUAUACAGCCGCGUUCGGGUAGGAACUCCGAGGUUCUUGUGGGGGGAUGGAAAUCGAUUGAGACAAGUGCUCAUGAACAUCAUUGGGAACGCAGUGAAAUUCACAAACCACGGCGAAGUAGUAGUCAACAUUGACUAUGAUCAUUUGGAUUCAAGCCGCUUUCUCGUCCACUUUCGGAUUAAAGACACUGGAAUUGGUAUCCCGGAUGAUCGUCGACACCUCCUAUUUAAACCAUUUUCGCAGAUUGAUAACUCGACAUCACGAAAGUACGGGGGAACAGGACUGGGGCUCGCUAUUUCGCAACGACUGGUUCAAAUGAUGGAUCCCAACUAUGGCAAACUGACUGUUGAGAGCCGGGAGGGGCACGGAAGUACGUUUUGUUUUUCGCUAGAGAUGAGAGUUUGUAGUUCGGAAGAGUCCGCGAAUAUCACAAAGGAGGAAGUCAAAGUCCAGCGAGAGGCGGCGAGAUUGGCCGAGAAGUUUCCGAUGAGUAUAUUAAUGGCGGAAGACAAUCCUGUUAAUCAAAAGCUAUGUCUACGGAUGUUACAGAGGUUAGGCUACACAGCUGACAUAGCAGGCAAUGGUCAGGAAGCAGUCGACGCAUGCAAAAAGAAGAAAUACGAUCUCAUUCUCAUGGACAUGCAGAUGCCUACUAUGUCUGGGGUUGAGGCAACACGUCUCAUACGUAGCGACCCGGACAUUCACCAACCAACCAUUUAUGCCUUAACUGCCAAUGCCAGGGAUACAGAUAAGGAUCUUUGUAUACGAGCUGGAAUGGAUGGACACAUCUCAAAACCGUUUAAAGCCGAGACACUUAUUGAAAUGAUGGAGCUUUGUGGGAAGGAGGUGUUGCGAAGGCAAACCCUGGGACUAUGAGGCGGAUGUGCCUGUGCCAAACAAGUUGCAUAGAAUGCUGGAGUUUAAUGUUUUUAGUUUUUUUUAUCUCAAGUUGCCAAUUUUUAAUGUUUCUAAUCGUAGACUGAU